CGGAUGCAUGUCGGAUGUUUGCCGGAAGCGUCUCUGAUGUUUGCCGGAUGCAUGCCGGAUGUUUGCGUGUUCGAAUGUCGGAUGCGUGUCGGAUGCGUGUCGGAUGUUUGCCGGAUGUUUGCCGGAAGCGUGUCGGAAGCGUGUUGGAAGCGUGUCGGAUGCAUGUCGGAUGUUUGCCGGAAGCGUCUCUGAUGUUUGCCGGAUGUUUGCCGGAAGCGUGUCGGAAGCAUGUUGGAAGCGUGUCGGAUGCAUGUCGGAUGUUUGCCGGAAGCGUCUCUGAUGUUUGCCGGAUGCGUGUCGGAUGUUUGCCGGAUGCGUGUUCGGAUGUCGGAUGCGUGUCGGAUGUUUGCCGGAUGUUUGCCGGAAGCGUGUCGGAAGCGUGUUUGAUGUUUGCCGGAUGUUUGCCGGAAGCGUGUUGGAAGCGUGUCGGAAGCGUGUCGGAUGCAUGCCGGAUGUUUGCCGGCUGUUUGCCGGAUGCGUGUCGGAUGUUUACCGGAUGUGUGCCGGACGUGGGCGAGACUAUUGGUGUCUGGACAGAUGUUCUCCAGCACUUCAGACCAGAUAGUUUAGAAGUUUGGGUAUUUAUGGAGCCUCGGACUCAGUCAGUGACUUUACUGUACGAGUUGUUCAGUGAAAGAUGAAAAUUCUUAAUUUCCGCUCGUCCACAUUCACACACGCACACACACACACACACACACACACAGACACGACUGAAGCAAGGAUGAGUUUAACCACAGGGAACUGAAACACACCUGGAGUUAAACAGCUGAUUUGAAGAUAAAGUGGGAACACACACACACACACCGUUGUGUUGAACUACAGUGAACAGAGACAGAGGGGAGGAGAGAGAGAGAGAGAGAGCGAUCCGUUCUGCUCUAUUUACAUCAGGUCUCUUCUCUUUUCUCUCUCAUAUCUAACUGGAUCUUCAAAACAAGUGAUGU